AAGACCUGUCUCUCUCUCUCUCUCUCUCUGUCUGUUUAUUACUCUCUCUCUCUCACUCUCUCUUUUUGUCCCAGCUGCAGUACAAAUCCUGGCUUUCCUCACAGCUCUAUUAGCCUGCUCUGCUCCACACAACUGCUCCACGAGACACACCGAGAACAAGGCACACACACACACAGAGUAUCAUCACACAGCAACGCACACACACUGACACACACACACACCUCUCCUGGAGUUCCUGCAGAACCAGAGGAGGAGAAAAUAGGGUGGAAGAAUUUGGCCUCAAGUCCUGCAACCGCCUUCAAACUGCUGGGAUGAGGUGGUGGCUGGUAGUGGUCAGUCUAUGGCUGCUGGUGGCCCUGACCGUCCCGGACGCCCAGGCAAGGAGCAGACCUCGCGACCAGGACGGUGAGACCCGCCGGGGGAAGAGGAAGAGGGAUGGACAUGGUCCUGUGCGGGCCAGAGCAGGGCACUCUAGACCUCUGAAGAUCAGACUGGUUCCUGGUCCCAGCAUCCCAGUGGAGCCUAGAGAAAACCGAGGAAAUACUCUGUUCCUUGAUUCCUACAAGAACCUACAAGAACAGCAUUCCAGCUACAACGUUAUCCCAGGUAAGAAGGGCCAGUGUGUGUACCAGGGUCUGACCAUGUUCGACCAGGCCGUCUGGUCUCCAAAGCCCUGUGUGACUUGUCUGUGUACCGGAGGGCGGGUGGUUUGUGACAAGAUCACCUGUCCCAUAGUGCACUGCCAUUUCCCCUUCGUCCCCGCUGGGGAAUGCUGCCCCGUCUGCAUUGAGCCAGAACCUGACUCCAGCUUUGACCUUUCUGGUGACUCCCCAGUUCCCAACGACCCUGAUGAGUCCGCGACCCCAUUGACCAAGGAGGAGAUCCAGCGAAUCCUCUGGCGGGAGGAGGAGGAGCACCGUGAGGAGGAGGAGCGCCUGAAGAAGAAGGAUGAAGCGAGGAAAAAGAGGAGGAGGCAGAGGAAGGAGCAGGCAGAGAAACAAAGGAAAAUAGUGGAGAAGAGGAGGAGGGAGGAGGAGGAGGCGCUGAGGCUGCAGGUGGAGAAAGAGGAGGAGGAGUGGAAGAGGCAGAUAGAGGAGGCGGAGAGGAGGAGACAGCAAGAGGAGGAAGACAGAAGACGGAAGGAGGAAGCAGAAAGAGAAGCAAGGGAGAUGGAAAGGAAGCUAGAAGAGGAAAGGAGGAAGCAGGAGGAGAUUUUGAGGAAAGAACUACUGGCUCUGAUAGAGGAGGAGGAGGAGGAGCGACUGGAGGAGGUAGAGGAGCGGCAGGAGGAGGAGGAGGAAGUGUGGCUGAGAGGAGAUGUGUUUGAGAUGCCCCCAAAAGAACCUGAAGAACCUGAGGAACCAGACCUCCUCCCUGCUCCGAUCCCAAGACCUCCUGCUGCGACGGAGGACGAGCUGAAGGAGAUGGAAGGAGAGGAUGUGGAGGAGGAAGGGGAAGAGGCGGUAGUGAACAGAGGACGCCUUCCUCCGGGCUGCGACAUCUCUGACGUCACUGUGACGUGUGAAAACGCCAAACUCACCUACUUUCCUCCUCUGUCCAUACCUGAGCUCAAAUCUCUCAGUCUGGAGGGCAACAACAUCAGCAGCAUCCCAGCAGAAGCCUUCAAUGGCAUCCCCAACCUCGAAUGGAUCAACCUGAAGAAAAACAAAUUCACCUCUGCCGGUAUUGAUGCUAAAGCCUUCAAAGGUCUGAAGAUGCUAAGGCGUCUUUACUUGGAUGGGAACCUUCUAGAAACCAUCCCCUCGGACCUUCCCCCCACCCUGCAGGAGCUGAAGAUCAGUGAGAACAGACUGAGAGAAAUCCACGAAAACAGCUUCGAAGGUAUGAGAAGCCUGGUGAUUCUGGAGUUGGAGGGAAAUCUGCUGAGUGAGGGGAAUAUAGAUCCUCUGGCAUUCGCUCCCCUCAUCCAGCUCUCCUAUCUCCGACUGGGCAGAAACCACUUCCGCACUGUACCACAGGGCCUUCCCAAGUCUCUGCUGGAGCUGUACUUGGAGAACAACCUGAUUGAGGAAAUCUCAGAGACAGUUUUCAAUCAGACCCAGAGUCUGAACGUGGUUUCUCUGAGACACAACAGGCUGGAUGAGACCAGGAUUGCCCCGCUGGCCUGGAUCAAUCACAGAAAUCUGGAGUCCAUCGACCUUUCUCAUAAUCACCUGUACCUGGUUCCAUCCUACCUACCCAGAUCUCUGGUCCACCUAGUGCUGGUGGGAAACAACAUAGAGCGGAUACCUGGUUACGUUUUCGCCCACAUGGACCCUGGAUUAGAGUACCUCUACCUCUCUUACAACAAACUGGAUGGGGAGGGAAUCGAACCUGAAUCGUUCUUCGGCUCGUACAACUCCAUGGUGGAACUGUGUCUGGACCACAACCAGCUGAUCACUGUGCCCUCUGGCAUAAACGAGAUGACCAACUUACACUUCCUCAGACUCAACAAUAAUAAGCUCAGGAGUAUCCCUGAUGAAAGCAUCUGCGACCCGAACCACAGCGGAGACUCCACUCUGGUUGCCUUAAGGCUGGAAAACAACUACAUCGAUCCCCUGAAGGUCUCACCAACAGCCUUUUCUUGUGUACGCUCCUCUUCAAGUGUGAUCUUGAAACCCCAGAAAACCAAGUGACAUGUGACAAAUUCACACAAAACAAAAAAACUAAAAGACACUUGUUUAAAA